AUUUCCAGAUUAAUGCUUAAUAUUCUCUUUACCCCUGCAGCUACCAGGCAAACAGGAACAACAUGGAGAAAUAUGAAUACCUUGGUGUGGUGGGGGAAGGCAGCUAUGGAAUCGUAAUCAGAUCCCGGAAUAAAGAAAACGGGAGAAUUGUUGCCAUCAAGAAAUUCUUGGAGGACAAUGAUGACAAAAUGGUGAAAAAAAUAGCCAUGCGGGAGAUUCGGUUAUUAAAGCAACUGCGACACGAGAACCUGGUCAAUCUGCUCGAGGUGUGGAACAGGAGGAAGCGCUGGUACCUGGUUUUUGAAUUUGUUGACCACACGUUGUUGGAUGAUCUGGAGCAGUGCCCAAAUGGGUUGGAGUAUGACAAAGUCAGAAGGCACCUGAUUCAGAUCCUGCGAGGGAUAGCCUUCUGUCACAGUCACAAUAUUAUUCAUCGUGACAUUAAACCAGAAAACAUACUGGUCUCUCAGUCUGGGGUUGUUAAAUUGUGUGAUUUUGGGUUUGCCCGGAGUCUGACAGCCCCUGGGGAGACGUACACUGAUUACAUAGCCACCCGCUGGUACCGUGCUCCUGAACUGUUAGUCGGAGACACCAAGUAUGGCAAGCCUGUCGAUGUGUGGGCUGUUGGUUGUCUGGUGAUGGAGAUGUUGACUGGAGAGCCACUGUUUCCCGGAGAUUCCGAGAUUGAUCAAUUGUUUCACAUCAUCAGGUGUGUCGGUAAUUUAAUCCCGAGACAUAAGGAACUUUUCCACAAGAACCCUCUCUUCACUGGACUGCAGCUGCCUGUCGUCAAAGGGAUUGAACUGCUUCCAAGCCACUAUCCCCACGUUCCCUGCCUGGUUUUUGAUUUGGUGAAGAAAUGUUUGCAGAUAGACCCUGAGAAACGGCCCUCCUGUGCAGAGUUGCUGCAACACAAUUAUUUCAUGGCCGAUGGUUUCUCUGAAAGGUUUACCAAGGAGCUCCGUACUCACUGUUUGAAGGACAUGAUAGAUAAUCGCCCACGAUACAAGAGGUCAAAAAUGACCCAGAACCACCUGCAAGAACUACUGGACGACCAGAAAAGGUCAAUGACAAAGCUUCUUGGAAAACAGGAGAAACAUGUUGACCCAAGGAGCAGGGAGGAAAAAUCUGAUGGUAAACUACCCAAAGCAAGAAUCUCACACAUGGUAUUGGAGAAAGCUGACCGGUCGGAGAGAGUGCUGAGUGACUCCUGUGAGAACCUAGUUAAUAUUGGCAGCUCCCAGGGCUUCUCGUCAAGUAAGGUCGUGUCUCAAGACCCAGGCCAAGAGCACAAGUCCAGCUCUGAUCGUCCACAGUCACCAGCCAGGACCAAUAUUCCUCCAAUCACUCCGGCCACUUCCAUCCUCACCUGCAGCACCCUCCUGAGCUCUGGGAUCAGCCUGUCUGACCAACACCGCUUCGUGGUUCACAACAAGAUGAAGAAACAAGUGAACUCUGUGAGAAAGCUGUCCCAGCCUCCAGCACCCAGUCUCUUCAGCCUCUGUUUAAGCACCAAGCAUGAAACAGAGAAAUCCGAACCUUCUGUUAAUCAGGAGAGAUCCUCAGUAAUUUACAAGAAGAAGCCAGAAGUAUUUAAACCUGAGAGGGUGAAUCUGCAUCUCCCAGAGAUAAAAGCUGCAGCAGAAACAUCCUUCAUCAUCAUGAGGAACAUUCUUAGAGAACUCAGUAUCUCCUCCUGCGGGCACCUGAUCAUGCAUGACCUACCACUUCCAUCGCUACAGCAUAGCACCUGAGAAAGGUGUGGAUCGAAAUAAGUCCUUCAGCCUGUCCUCUCUCAGACAUUGAGUCAACAUUCCCAGCAACAGGAAUCCUUGGAUCACAUUGUCUCCUCAGGAAUCCCUAAUCCUUUCACAAACAACGGAUCAUUUUCCAAACCGCAGUCAGUGCACUUGUUUCGGUGAUAUAGAAAGGAAGAGAAUUCUAUACGCAACAAAAUGAGAUGGACCAUCAGUGAACAAAGAAACCGAAAGCACUGCGGAUGCUGGAAAUCAGAAUCAAAAACAGAAAUUGCUGGAAAAGCACAGGUCUGGCAGCACCUGUGGAGAGAAAUCAGAGACAAUGAUUCAGGUCCUAUGAGCCUUCCUCAGAACUGACUGUAACUAGGAAAAGGUUGGUAGAUGUUGGAGUGGGGGAAGGAGUAACCAAUAGGUGGAAAAGGAGCCCAGAGAGAAUGACAGCUGGGCUGACAAACCAAUGGGUAGAGGUCAGCCUGGGAGGAUCAUAGCUGCUAAUUUGGGGGAAGGGGACAUUAGGUGUGUUGAGCUUGUGUUGUCCAACUUGUGUUGAGCUUCACUGGAGCACUGCAGCACACCUGAGACAGAUGGUGGCCUGGGAACAGGGUGGGGUCUUAAUCUAGCAGGCAACUGGAAGCUCAGGGUCUUUUUUAUGGGCAGAAUGUAGAUGUCCUACAAAGCAGCCGUUCAGUCUGCGCAUUGUCUCCCUAAUCUUUGUGAGCUUUCACUUAAACCUGGCUUUGAGGAUAAGGAUGAUGAAGGGCUUAU